GCCAGCCUCGUGCCAUCUAGCUGCUUCCUUUUUAAGCAACGUCCAGGCGGAUUUCUCUGAAUGAAAGGAUGAGACAAGGAGAAAAGGAUGGCAGAGGGGCCAGAAGGCAGGGGGGAGAGAGUAAGGGAAGAAACACAUGGAGAAAACCAGGGUCCUCUUGGCACAAAUGUAUUUGGGUGUGGUCUUCCUCAGUGCCAGCAAGUCCCAACUUGGAGAUCUAGUGAAGAGGGGGGGGGUUGUGUGCAGAAGGCAAGUCCUGCUGCCACUCCCUCCUCUUCCAUUACUCAACCUCAUUCCAGCUUCCAGUCUGGACGUGCAAAGCGGCAAUAGAAGCAGCAGCUCAGAAGCUCUGGGAGAAGGAGAUAAUUCGCAGCCCAGGGAAAGGAUGUGAAGGAAAGACGGAGGCAGACAGAGCAAGAGAAGCUUCGCUGGGCUCCAGUCAGAGACCAACUCACCCAUGGAGUCCCCAGCCCCUCUUUCCAGUGGUGCCACCAACAACUGCACCCACACCUCUGGAAACAGCACCCUCCUGUCUUCCCCGACCUCCAGUGUGACUGGCAUUGUCUUCCUACUCCUGGCUGCCCUUAUCGGGCUGCCCGGAAACCUCUUUGUCAUUUGGAGUAUCCUCUGGAAGAUGAAGCCGAGCCACCGCUCAGUCACCUGCCUCCUAGUCGUUAAUUUGGCAGUGGCCGAUGGGGUCGUGCUUCUCCUCACUCCUUUCUUCAUCACCUUCCUCAUCUUCAAGAACUGGCUAUUCAGCCUAGCAGUUUGCAAAGGGGUCUACUACCUGUGCUGCAUCAACAUGUUUGCCAGCAUAUUCAUCAUCACCCUCAUGAGCGUGGACCGGUGUCUCGCAGUCAACCAGCCCUACUUCUCCCAAGCCAUUCGCAAGAAGCACUUGGUGGUCAAGAUCCUGUCAGGGAUUUGGGUGGCGGCCAUUUUGUUAUCCAUCCCGGCCCUCCUUUUCCGACAAGUAGUCAAGGAUCCCUCAGGGAGGUACAUCUGUGAGCCCUGCCACCCCAGGCCGAGCCUGACCAUCUUCCACUUCACCUUGGAAACCGUGGUGGCCUUUGUGAUACCCUUCACCAUCAUCGUCAGCUGCUAUUCUGCCGUUUUGAUCCGCCUAAGGGGAGUGAAGCGGAGACAGGGGGCUCGGACCGAGAAGCUCAUUGUCGCCAUUGUCAUCUGCUUUGCUGUCCUCUGGGUACCCUACCACAUCGUCAACGUGCUCCAGGUAGCUUCUAACCUGUCAUCAGGGCGGACAGCGGAACGACUGGGGCAGGCUUGGAAGAGUGGCAGGGCAGGUGCCACAGCCUUGGCAUUCCUCAGCAGCAGCAUCAACCCUGUGCUCUAUGUCUUCGUGGCUGGGAACCUUAUCAAGACCUCAGGGGCCAACUUCAUCGCCCAGUUCUUUGAGGGGGCAUCCGAUGGGCUCGGCAGAAGAUCCCAGUCCCACAAAAACCUGGCCAAAGACUUGGUGGUGGUGGCAGGAGCUGCCAUGGGCAUGGACCAGCAGCCCCUGGAGAGUUGUGACGGACUGGACAAGGACCAAGACGGAGGGCCGGGUCUUGGUGGCACAAGAGAGCAGCUCGGAUACAGACACUCCUAGACUGAAUCAUGCCAGGUUUCAACACAAGAUGUAAUUUAUGCUUUAUGAGUCAGUCCUGCCAGCUCAGUAUUGUUUACACCAGGUAUCUUCAACAUUUUCAGACUCAGGAUCAACUUAUAAUGCAAACAUGCAUUGGGGGACCCGUUUCUUCACCUUUUGCCAUAAAUUUGCAUGGUGGGAGUGCUCCUGGUGUGAUCCAUCUUGGAUCGAGCCACAACCCACUAAUGGGGCCUGACCCACCAGUUGAAGACCAGUAGCUCAGUGACUAGCAGAAGCUCCCUGGGGUCUAAAGCAGUGUGUUUCCCCAGCCUGGCUGAGAGAUGCUCAGCAUUCAACCUAGGACCUUCUUUACACAAAGCAUGUCCUCUACUGCUGAGCCAUCUCCAUCUGCUAGGCCUGGCUGUCUUAGCUACUCUUUUUUUGGAAACUUGGCUUCAGGGAAACUCAUUGAGACCAUGUCCACACUACAAAGCUGUUAAAUGACUUCCACAGCUAUUGUUCCUUCAACCCAAGUCAGGUUUAAUCUGAUACUCAGUGCACUA